AUGUCGCCGGCUGCCAUCGCAGAAGCACAUGGAGAUCCAUAUGUAGCCGCCAUCAGGGCGGUGAGCAAUGGAUCUUCGUCAUAUAUGAACGGAGGAGCUGUACAAGGCAUGAAGAGAACCACAUUCCUAUUUGACCGACAUCUCCAUAAGGAUUUCCCAGUCAUCGUACGAGGAAGUGGAAGUAAUCUCUACACUAAAGACGGACGAGUCAUAUUCGAUGCAACAUCCGGCGCCGCUGUCUCAUGUUUGGGACAUGGCAACAAGCGAGUCACCAAUGCCGUAUAUCAGCAAAUGGCAUCCGGCAUUCCAUACCUAGCCUCAGGAUUCUUCGGAAACGAGACUGUGGAUGAUCUUUGCGAGGAACUCAUCAACGGCACUGGUCGAAAAAUGGCCCGAGUCUAUUUAACUGGUUCAGGAUCCGAGGCUAUGGAAGCCACAUGCAAAUUGGCACGGCAGUACUUUUACGAAAAAGAUAAAUCCACCCCACGAGUCAACUUCAUUACUCGGGAAGGAUCAUAUCAUGGCAACACCCUCGGUGCAUUAGGCAUGUCAGGCCACAAAGCCCGCCGCGCUCCCUACACUCCCUUCCUCAUGCCCAACGUCCAUCACGUGUCCUCCUGUAAUCCCUAUCGGCAACGACUCCCCAACGAAUCCGACGCCUUGUUCGUCUCGCGCAAAGCCGCAGAACUAGAAGCCAAAUUUCAAGAACUGGGCCCGGAAACCGUCAUUGGUUUCUGCGUCGAACCCAUCGUAGGAGCCGCCCUCGGUUGCGUAGCCGCACUCCCCGGCUACCUUAAAGCCAUGCGCGACAUCUGUCAUCGCCACGGCGCGCUCUUCAUCCUCGACGAAGUCAUGUGCGGCAUGGGUCGCACUGGCACUCUGCACGCCUGGCAAUCGGAAAACGUAGCCCCAGAUCUGCAAACUAUCGGUAAAGGACUCGGUGGUGGAUAUCAACCUAUAGCCGGUGUUCUCAUCUCGCAAAAAGUCGUCAAUGUUCUCUACAACGGCACCGGGCAAUUCAUCCACGGACAAACCUACCAAGGAAUGCCCGUCCAAGCCGCUGCUGCCCUCGAAGUCCAACGCAUUAUCCGCCAACACAACGUUCUAGAUAACGUACGCAUCCAAGGAGCGUAUCUCGGCAAACUGCUCAAGCAACAUCUCGCAGACCAUCCGCACGUGGGCGAUAUCCGUGGCAAGGGACUUUUCUGGGGCAUCGAAUUUGUCAAGGAUAAAAAGAGCAAGAUGGCUUUUGAUACCAAACUUAGUGUGGCGCAGCGGAUACACGAUACGGCGAUUUCUCAUCCGUAUAAUAUGACCAUGUAUCCGGGCACGGGAACCGUCGAUGGUAUGUGUGGUGAUCAUAUCAUGCUGUCGCCGAAUUAUCUGGUGACGAAGGAGGAUGUUGAGUAUAUUGUGAGGACGGCGGUCGAUGUUAUUGAAUCUGUUUUGGAAAAUCUGUAA